UGAAAAUAAUAUAAGCCUCUAUAUGUUUAUUUGGGUCUGAGCGGCUGUGGGACUGGGCAGGACAUAGAAAAACUUCCAACUACAGGCUGGGGGGGGGGGCGGGGUUGAAAAGCCUCUGAAGAAUUUUACUCCUUUAAUUUAGGGCUCAUCAGUUUGAAGACAGAUAGGAUGGUUGCUUGGCUGCAACUGCAGCGUGUCCCGGCCCAGCCUUGAACUUGUUGAGCCAGCUCAUCAGCAGGAUUGGUGGAAAACAGAGGCCUAGAAGGCCUUUCGUUUAAGCUGCCAGGGUUUUGUCCCAAGUCAAGAAGAUGAGGAAGAAACCAACCAUCUUGGAAAUUCACCCCUUUAUAACCUAGCCACGGUCCCUCUCCUUAUCUGUCUGCCUACAAGGAGUCCCUCUAACUCCUAGUCUGUUCGCACUCACAUAGACCACCAAAGCAUCUGGGCGAGCUUGUGUGAUGGCAAGACAGUGCAGAGGCUCCUCCAGCUUGUACUUUCAUUUCAGGUUUAACAAGAAUUUGAUCUCCUUGUUGGAGAAUCCCCAGGGAAAAUGACCCAACUCCAUUCUAGGACCCAAGACCAAGAUGUUCCAGAUAACUUAUCUCCUGUUGAGUUGCUUGCUUGUGCAAACCUCCCCCUGCAGCUGCUCAGCAGGAUACAAGGAUGUGGUUUUUACCUUUAAGUGCCCCUUGAUGUAAAUGCUGGAAGCCACACUUGGGUCCCCAAAUACCUGUAUAGUCCCAGACAGCUGGAAUAAAGACUUUCAACUGGCUAUAAACUGAGUCUGAGUGGUCAUCUCUGGUGGGCUCCCUGCAGCACCUGUACCUGGUAAUGCCUCCACUGCCUACCCCACCUCAUUCCCAGCGCUGUCUGCUACCUUCACCCCUUCCCUGGAGUUCCAGGGCACACAAGGUCCCUUGUUAAGCAGCUUCCCCUCGGCGAUCUCCUGUACCACCCACUAGGCCCCCACCAACUCCUAUCACAAGCCAAGAACCAGCAAGCAGUCGCCCCCUGUGCUAACUCUUGCCUGGGACACAGAGGAAGGUGCUUAAGGCUGUGAGCUGACUUCGCUGGUUGUUGUGUUUUUGUUUGUUUCUUUGUUUUUUGAGUCCCCAGACCAUAUCAGAGCUUUGAAAAUCAUGCCACAGAGCACAUACUACAAAUUCUCCAUCAACACUCUCCCACUGAGGGACAGAUGUGAAAGGUCUCAGAAGUGGGAUUCAAGAGGAACAGUGAGACAGACCGUUGGGAGUAUGGAGUUUGUUAGAAGCAUCAUUUGCCAUGGACAGACUGACAGAAACAGAAUGGUAGGGAUCUGAGGAGAGUUCAGGGACAGACAGUGUGGCAGAUCUCUUCUUCUUGGAAGUAGAAUCGGGCCCAGGAGGCAGAAGUGGGGUCCCUUCCUCAGGCCUCUGAGGAAGAAGAGGCAUUCACAGCAUGAGACGGUACCCAGGUUCUCUGAUUUCCCAACAAGCAUCAGGGAAGGAGAAUGGGAAACAGGGUUUGCUGCCAUGUGUAGCCUUUGGAUGUGCUGGAGCCUGCAGAUUUCCCCCAGGUGAGAAAUCUGGGUGCCUGGGAGUCUGUCAUCUAGAGAGUCACAGACAGUGCUCUCCAUAGGGUACCUGUCAGUAUCUGUAGGUGGGGAUGGGCUGCUGCAGGUACUGUGGCUUGGGCUGCCAUCCAAUCUGGAUUCUAAUACAACAAACUGAUCUUCCUGGAGAUUUUCUUGACUUCUACCCUCAGAAACCUAGGGCCUCUCUCUUAGUCCCUGUGUAUCCCACACUACUUGUUUGUGCACAGGCCAGUCCUCCUGCCCAUUCAUGCUCAAGCAGCAAGUACCCCUCCCCAGCACUGGGCAGGGCUCUGGGACCAGCUCAAGGCCCCAAGCCUGUGGGUGUGGUACCAGUCCAGCCCACUCUUGCACAGCCACCCUCUCUUCAGUGGGAGGUCCCUGCUAGGAGAAAGCCUGCCUGAGUCAGGAGAACCUGGAGGGAAGCUGUUUCACCAUCAUCCCAGCAAGGCUGUCUGAUGUUCAUUUGUCCUCCGGAGUCAGCCUGUAUCUAUCGAUCCAAGCAAAGCCAGGAUCCCAGCACGCAGCCAUGAUGAGGAUAGGCUUCCAGAGGGUGGCAAGACUUGUCCACCACAAAGCUCUCCCGAGAAACCCCCAUCUCCUGCCCGGACUGCACCAGGCCUCAGCAUUCGGAUCCUCCACAGACUCCCUGGUUGCAAGAUUCUGUCCAGAGAACACAGAUUUAAAGGAUUAUGCCCUUCCCAAUGCCAGCUGGAAUCCAGAUAUGCUGAGCCUGUACCAAGAAUUUCUGGAGAAAACCAAGUCAGAUAGGUGGAUUAAACUACCCUCCUUCAAAUCCAACAGAGAACAUAUCCGGGGGCUUAAGCUCCCAUCCGGGCUGGUAGCUGCCUCAGACAAACAGGACUGGCGCAUCUUUACCAGAUGCAUCCAACUGGAAGGACAAGGCUAUGAAUAUGUCAUCUUUUUCCACCCAUCUGAGAAGAAGUCAGUCUGUCUUUUCCAGCCAGGCCCCUACCUGGAGGGGGCACCAGGGUUUGCCCACGGAGGGUCACUGGCGGCCAUGAUGGAUGAGACAUUUUCUAAAACUGCCUAUCUGGCUGGAGAAGGACUAUUCACACUAAGUCUCAACAUCAGGUUUAAAAACCUGAUCCCCGUGGGCUCUCUGGCUGUCCUGGACAUUCAAGUAGAAAAGAUUGAGGACCAGAAGCUGUACAUGUCCUGCAUCGCCCAGAGCAGAGACAAGCAGACUGUCUAUGCCAAGUCCUCUGGUGUUUUCCUUCAGCUGCAGCUGGAAGAAGAGCCAUUCCAGCAGCAAUGACUAUGCCUUCAGCAGAGUUGACAGUAAUGACUCGAUCUACCUGGGACCACCACCUAACAGAUACGGGUCCCCGGGACUCAGGUGGCCGAUGAGGGAGAAGGCACUUUACCACCCCAUCAUCAGCCCAAAAACCUUCUGUAAUUGGAAUCAAAAUUGUCCACGGGUCAGAGAUGGCUCAGCAGUAAAGAACACUGGCUGUUCUUUGAUUCCCAGCACCAACAUAGUGACUCACAACCAUCUGUAACUCCUGUCCCAGGAGAUUGUCUGGCCUCCAUGAAGUACCAGCCAUGCAUAUGGUACCUUACAUGCAGACCAAGCACCCAUACACAUAAAAUACAUUAAUUUUUAAAAGUU